CUCGUGGCAACUUCUCAGCCCACUACCAGCAGCAGGCCUUGCGCUCUCCCGUUCAACUGCUCUCCUGAGUCAAAGCCGUUACUCUCACUCGCUAAUAUCUCAAGAAAAUUUUCAAGCAGCGCCUAGCACCAAGCACCAUGCACCAAGUGGCAAGACAAGCAGUGCAAGCCUUCACCAUAACCUUCCACACUGCCUCAUCUUCGUCUAUUAAAGACCUGCAGACCAUUCCCGCACUGAAGAGCAACAACACAUGUGCCUCAGACAGUCAGUUCUCCUACGGCGGUGUCAAUGGCAUCCCGAAGCAGCGCAUGUAUGAUGACAUCAAUGACUACAGUAACGGAGAGGAUGAGUUUGUGCAGUUAUGUGGCAUUAACGAGUGCCUGGAGAAGAAUGUCGGGUGUGAGCCCCUGUGCGCCAACACUCCAGUCAUACUACUGCCAGUGCCGGCCAGGAUAAAGACUCGUCAGGAAGUUCAACUGUGAAGAUGUUGACAAGUGUGUGAAGUCGCCCAGAUCCUCUCCCUGAGGAUCCAUCCCCUCAGCAGUGUUCGAUCCGCCCAGCAGCAGCAAUGGUCAGGAGAAGACUGUCACUGAAGUGUCAAGUCCCCAAGCUGGCAUGAUGCUGGGUUUUGUGCUUGGCUCCCUUGGGGUUCUUUGCCUAGCUGUUUGGGUAAGACAAGUAAAUAGUUUUUUUAACUCCUUUAUGCUGUGGGAUCUUGCUGUGGAUUUGUUGUGGCUGUGCUGUGGCAAAGAUGGCAUAAUUAAGUUGUGCAUGAAAUUCUACCAAACUUUAAACACUUCUAAAUUGUUCUUGCACAUUGAGAAUAUUCCAAUACGUACUGUAUAGUUAGCUGACUCAUACUUCAUACCUUUUUUUUUUUCAUCUUACCUGCAACAUUUUCACUGUAUAUAUGUUUGUCAAGUUAAUGAAGAUGCGUUGACGUGUUAUCAUCCACGCAAGCUUCCCUAACCCAGCCAGUGUAUCACAAGACAACAGGUACUGAGGAGGACGGGAGCGAGUGACUGCAUGCACCAUUGAACAGGACGGCAUUAUAUUCGUCCCACAAGAGUAUGACUACAGCGAAGCAAGUCCAGAAUAAAGUGUUGAGUGACCAUGAUGUGAAUAUUGUGGUUUGCAUAUUACACUUCUAUCUCCACAUGUCACAUUUUAAAUGGUUUUGAACUAUUUCUUGUUAUUUUUUUUUCAGGACUUUUUACUGUUGACAUCCAUCUCUUGUUCCAGGAUUCAGUACUACUAACACCAAAGAAGUGAGGGAAAUGUUUGAAGUGAGCGUGCAAGACAUACAACAGACACGAGACUGCUGCUGCUACUGCCAGUGUAGC